AUGUCGCUCCAAGUAUUCCUGUGGGACGGCGAGCACUCGGUAUCUCGUGCCGCUCCUUGGACAGGAUAUCUAGGCAAACAACAACUAAUUGGGGACACAAAUAUCAGCGAUCAUAUCAUCUACCUAGCCUAUGUCGACAAUGACGAUGAGGGAUACGUUACUUAUAGCCUCUCGGACGGCGCCCCGCGCACCAGGUUUGUGCUAACCUACUAUGGUGAGUUUCAGAUCCAAAGCUGGAGCAGUAGGUCAUCAGUAUGGGUUGUCGUCUGGAAGUUUCCAACCGUUGAAUGCAACCGUUACAGUUACUGUGGCCCCUAUGGAUACUGCGACGAGACGGUCACGAUACCCACCAUGCCAACAUGCAAGUGCGUAGAUGGCUUUGAGCCGAGUAGCACGGAGGAGUGGACCAGCGGCAGAUUCUCGGCGGGGUGCCGAAGGAAGGAGACACCACAAGGGUGCAGUGACGGCUUCGUGGCCUUGCCGGAUAUGAAGUUGCCUGACAGGUUUUUGUUUCUAGGUGGAGGUAGGAGUAAGUAUGAGGAGUGCGCGGCUGAGUGUAACCGCAAUUGCUCCUGUGUGGCAUACGCGUUCGCCAACCUGAGCAGCAGCAGGUUUGGAGGACACGUGACGAGGUGCUUUGUGUGGUCUGGGGAGUUAAUAGACACGGGAAAGGUGGGGGAGCUCAGUGGCGCGACACUCUAUCUUCGACGUGCAGGCAUGGAUGCAACAAAAGGUAAAAGAACAAAGGGCAACACAGUGAGGAUUGUGCUGCCAGUCGUAGGCUCUGGUGUUCUGAUACUCAUAUGCAUCUCCCUUGCAUGGUUAAAAUUCAAAGGCAAGAACAAGAAAGGGACGAAGCGAAAGAAGAUAAGAUUGGAGGAUAUAAGUAUCUCCGAUGAAUUUGAAAAAGAAAACCUUCCCCAUCACCAAGAAUUUCCAUUUGUAAGAUUAGAAGAAAUUGUCCUUACAACCCACAAUUUCUCUGAAACGUGCCUGAUUGGACGGGGAGGCUUUGGUAAAGUAUACAAGGGAAUGUUAGGUGGUCAAGAAGUUGCAAUCAAGAGGCUAAGUAGAGAUUCUCAACAAGGAACAAAAGAAUUUAGGAAUGAAGUAGUUCUAAUUGCCAAAUUGCAACAUAGAAACUUGGUUCGACUUCUUGGAUGCUGCAGCGAGGGAGAUGAAAAGCUCAUGAUAUACGAGUAUCUGCCAAAUAAGAGCUUAGAUGCUACCAUUUUUGGUGAGUCGAGAAAAUUGCUGUUGGAUUGGGCGACACAGUUUCGUAUAAUCAAAGGGAUUGCAAAGGGACUUCGGUAUCUUCACGAAGACUCAAGGCUCACCAUAAUUCAUAGAGGCCUCAAAGCUGCAAAUGUUUUGUUAGAUGCAGAUUUUAAACCCAAGAUAGCAGAUUUUGGUAUGGCGAGGAUCUUUGGUGAUAACUUGGAAAAUGCGAAUACCCAACACGUUGUUGGAACAUAUGGCUACAUGGCUCCUGAGUAUGCAAUGGAAGGUGUCUUCUCUACCAAGUCUGACGUCUACAGUUUCGGCAUGUUACUACUGGAGGUUGUAACUGGUAUAAGGAGAAACUCCAUUAGUGAAACCAUGGGGUUCCCUAGCCUCACAGUAUAUUCAUGGAAUAUGUGGAAGGAAGAUAGGACCAAUGAGCUGCCGGACUCAUCUAUCCUAGAUACUUCACCAGAUGAAAUUCUGCUUUGCAUCCAUGUAGCACUCUUGUGUGUCCAGGAGAACCCCGAUGAUAGGCCGCUCAUGUCAUCUGUUGUGUUUGUCCUAGAGAAUGAGAACACGCCACUUACAUCCCCCAAUCUCCCCGCCUACUUCGCGAGACGGAGUGCUGCAAUGAAUCAAAUUAGAACUGAUAUCCAGGCAUCCGUGAACAGUUUUACUCUUACUGAGAUAGAGGGACGAUGA